AUGGCAGCAGAGGGACUACUUGCGAGAAACGCGAACGCAAAAUCCCAAUGGCCCUCGGUUUCUGAAAACGAAAGUGUCUCAGUCGACAACUCCUAUGAGGAUGAUCUUUAUGACGGAUCUGCAUUUGAGCAAAUAUACCUCGAAAAAUCUAGGGUUGUUUCGAAGGCAAUUGACGAAAUUGGCUUCGGAAAAUAUCAAGUUGGAUUGUUUAUAGUAGCAGGAUUUGGUUGGUUUUCAGAUAACGCGUGGCCCGUAGUUACCAGCUUGUUGCUUCCUAGACUACAAGAAGUCGAUGGAGUGCACCCACCGAGUGCUGGAAGAACACCAUUAAUUACUUUGGCUCAAAACCUGGGACUCUUGGCAGGCGCCUUGUUUUGGUCUCUGUCAUCCGAUGUCAUCGGUAGGAGAUGGGCUUUCAACCUUACGUUUCUGUGGACAGCAAUUUGGGGUAUUGUUGCUGGCUCAUCACCUAACUUUGCAGCUUUGGGAGUAUUUGCGGCCCUUUGGAGUUUCGGUGUGGGAGGGAAUCUUCCUGUUGACUCUGCAAUUUUUAUCGAAAACUUGCCUUCGAAAUACAACUAUUUGUUAACGGUUCUGAGUAUUUUUUGGGCUUUUGGCCAAAUCGUUACAAAUCUCCUCUCAUGGGCCUUGAUUACCAACUUUUCUUGCGAAACGGAUGUUGUGCACAAAAGUUGUAAUUGGGGCUGGAGAUAUUUUCUGUUUGCAAUGGGCGGAUUAACAUUUUUAUUGUUUGCGAUUCGGUUUGCUUUUAGAGUUCUUGAAUCUCCUAGAUUCCAUAUUUCUCGGGGCGAUAAUGAGGCCGCUAUUGCUACGUUGCAUCAGAUUGCUAAAAUUAAUGGUAAAGAGACGAGCAUCAAGCUCGAAGAUUUGAUGGAAAUCGAUAGACGCUACCACAAGUAUGAAAACACAGAAAAUGAUGAUAGUGGCUUGCUAUCCGGAAGGCAAAUAGUGCGGAAUAAACUAGCAAAGUACGGCUCGGAACAUAUCAAGGCUCUAUUUGGAUCUAGGAAACAAGCGUACUCAUCACUUAUGGUCAUAUUCGUGUGGGCAAUUAUCGGUCUUGCAUUUCCCCUGUACAAUGCUUUCAUACCAACUUACUUGUCCGAGAGAGGGAACGCAAAUGAGUCAUUAAGCGUGGCGUUAACUUAUAGGAACAGUUUGAUUAUUGCUGUGAUGGGAAUUCCAGGCGCUAUCAUUGGUGGUAUAUGCGUUGAAACAAAGCUGGGAAGAAAAGGUAGCCUUUGCCUUUCAAUGAUAAUAACCGGAAUUAUUUUAUUUGGAUCAACAACAUCGAAAACCAGUAAUUCUUAUUUGGGCUGGAACUGUGGAUUCAGUCUUGUUUCAAAUAUAAUGUAUGGGGUACUAUACGCAUAUACACCGGAGAUUUUCCCAUCGAAGGUAAGAGGCACAGGUGUGGGUAUAGCUGCCAGUGCCAAUCGUGUUUUAGGGAUAUUCUCUCCCAUCAUUGGUAUGUACGCCAACCUGGAAACCUCAGCCCCUAUCUUCGUCAGCGGGGCACUGUUUAUUUUAGCAGGUGUCAUUUCUGCAUUUUUCCCCUACGAAUCUCGAGGUAAGGCAACAUACUGA